AUGUAUAAAAAUCGAUUCAUACUUUUACUAACAAAGAGUCAACAACAAACUAGUGUUAGGAACAAAGCAUUUUCUAAGCCUCUAGUACAAGCAUCCUAUUAUUAUUCUUCUUUACGUAGAGUUCGUCAGACAGGACCACGUAAUCGAGUUUUGAAUCAUGUUGAACAGUUGCGACCUCAUAAUCCGACUAGCAGUAGUCGAACAGCUCUCGAAAGUAUAUCCACAGCUCCAAAAAUCGCAAAAAAAGAUGCCCUCAUCCAUGAAAAGAACCCCGCAGCAGUAGAAGAAGUAGAAGGGACGACAACCACCACCUUAGUUGAAGUGCCUAUAGAUAAAGAUCAUCAAAUCGUAAAGCCCAACACAUCAGCUGCUUCUCUUCUUACUCAAUCAGCGGUCAUUGUGGGUCGUGAACUCGAAAUGAUGAAUGUCUUUUUGGGCUAUGAACAAGCGAACCGUUAUCGUAUUAUGGAUCCACAAGGUACACCUCUUGGAUAUAUUGCAGAGGAAGAAGGGUUUGGUAAAUCAAUUAGCCGACAACUACUUCGAACUCAUCGUAAGAUGAAUGCUACUAUAUUGAAUCCUGAGGGUCAAGUUAUCUUUAAGAUUAUUCGUCCUUAUUCUUUGAUUAAUAGUCAAAUUUUUAUUUAUACUGACAAUGAUGAAUUGAUUGGAGAGGUACAACAACGAUGGCAUUUACUGCGUAGACAAUAUGAUUUAUUUGUAGGAAAAAAACAAUUUGCAACGAUCGAUACACCUUUCUUAGGUUGGGAUUUCGCUUUACGGGAUGAACAUGGAGGUACUCUUGGUAAUGUGAGUCGAAACUUUGUUGGAUUUGCAAGAGAGAUAUUUACAGAUACAGGAGAAUAUGUGCUGCGUAUGGAUGCAGUGGAUGGACAUUCACGAGGAAUGACGUUGGAUGAAAGAGCAGUGACUCUUGCUUGUGCUAUUUCCAUUGAUUUUGAUUACUUUUCAAGACAUUCGACUCAUGGGGGAGGAGGAUUCUUACCUUUCCCAAUGUUUGGAAUGGGAGGAGGAGGAGAAGUUGAUAAUAGUAAUGAACAACAAGGAAUAGAAACUGAAGCACCACCACCUCCACCUCCACCACCACAACAACAAAAUACAAAUGAAUGGGGGGAUCCUUGGUUGACUGAUGAUGAGGCAGGUGUAAGUAAUCCUGAUGAUGGAGGAUUCAUGGAUGUCUUGAAAGACUUCUUUGACGAUCAAGACUAGUUAAAAAUAAAAAAGAUUGUAUUAUAUGAAAACACACACACUUUUAUUUAUGAUGUAAAAAUUCAGGAACAAAAAAUCUAUAUCUGUUAUAAAAAAUAAUAAUUAAUGAAAGACCUUUCAGCUGCCGUAUUUGAUGGGAGAAGAUAAGUUUUACUAUAAUCAAAGUAUGAGUGAAGAAGUAGUACACUCCAUGAUGAUUAUUUUAAAUUGCAGCUUAUAUAAAAAAAAAAAUUGUCCUUCUCAAAACAAUUCUUUUCGUUUCAUAAAAAAAAAAAAA